CGCGGGGCGGGGGCGCCUUCCGGCGGGCGGCCGACGGGAGGCGGCGCUGCACGUGGCCUUUCCUUUCUUCCGGGCCGGAGAGAAGGCAGCGCCAUGAAGGCAUCAGGCACCCUGCGGGAAUAUAAAGUGGUCGGGCGGUGCCUGCCCACGCCGAAAUGCAGGACCCCACCUCUCUACCGCAUGCGGAUCUUCGCGCCGAACCAUGUUGUUGCCAAGUCCCGGUUCUGGUACUUCGUUUCUCAGCUUAAGAAGAUGAAGAAAUCUUCGGGAGAGAUUGUGUACUGUGGCCAGGUGUAUGAGAAGUCCCCUCUGCGGGUAAAAAAUUUUGGUAUUUGGUUGCGCUAUGAUUCUCGUAGUGGAACUCACAACAUGUACAGGGAGUACAGGGAUUUGACUACGGCUGGUGCUGUCACUCAGUGCUACCGUGAUAUGGGAGCUCGUCAUCGUGCCCGUGCUCACUCCAUUCAGAUCAUGAAAGUGGAGCAAAUAGCUGCAAGCAAGUGCCGUAGACCAGCGGUUAAGCAGUUUCAUGAUUCUAAAAUCAAGUUCCCUCUGCCACACAGAGUUCUGCGUCGCCAGCACAAACCACGUUUCACCACCAAGAGACCAAAUACUUUCUUUUAAAUACAAAAACGUGCUGUCAACUCUGUGUUGUAAUAAAGGUCUUAUUUGAA